UGUGUAGUUCUGAAGCGUGAGGCCCCUGGGUAGUAGUGGUGAAGACGUUGCCUUCUGUGGACUUCCUGAGGAAGGGCUGAAGUGUUUCAGGACUGUGUCUGUUUUUGAUUUAAUGUCAGUUCUUUCCAUUAUUUAAGGAAGGUUGUAAGCCUAUCGUGAUUUGUUUAAUUUUUGAGCGCCACUUUUCAGUUUGGACAAAAAUGCCUAAAAAUAAAGGUAAGGGAGGAAAAAAUCGGAGACGUGGUAAGAAUGAGAAUGAGUCUGAAAAAAGAGAAUUGGUGUUUAAAGAAGAUGGACAAGAAUAUGCCCAGGUGAUCAAAAUGUUAGGAAAUGGUAGGCUGGAAGCGAUGUGUUUUGAUGGCGUUAAGCGGCUGUGCCAUAUCAGAGGCAAAUUAAGAAAAAAGGUUUGGAUUAACACAUCAGAUAUCAUUUUGGUUGGGUUGAGAGAUUACCAGGACAACAAAGCAGAUGUUAUUCUAAAGUACAAUGCGGAUGAAGCUAGAAGCUUGAAAGCGUACGGAGAGCUUCCAGAGCAUGCUAAAAUUAAUGAAACCGACACCUUUGGUCCUGGGGAUGAUGAUGAAAUCCAGUUUGAUGAUAUUGGAGAUGAUGAUGAAGACAUUGAUGAUAUCUGAUGUGGAGUGUUUAUUCCAUUUUUGUUCUUCGUGUUGUCCCAUCCUGUCCUGUUUGUGCUGUGGACUUUCAGCAAGAACCCUAAAUCAGGAUCCCCAACCCCAGGAUACACCAGAGUGAGGAUAAAAAAUGCUCUGCUGCAUUUCUUUUAAUGUAUUUAUAUAUUCUUUCAAAAGAAGCGAAAACUUUAAAGCUGAGUAUAGAGUGAAUUUACAAUAAAAAAAAUCAAACCCUGUAUUUUUUAUUUUUUGUAUUUUUAUUUCUUUCAUUUUUGUUUGAAAGUGUAUAGAAUUGUAGCAGUAGUUGCAGUCACUCGACUUAUUGUUCAUUCUUCCGCAGGUAAACUAU